GUUGGACAAGACACUCUGUUUUUCCAUAUAUUAACAGAGCAAGAAUAGUAAGGAACCAACGUAAUUUGGAGGGGCAGUAUUGAAUGCCACUCUGUUACAAAACCUCGGAACCCUCAAAAGGGGCUCAACCAAGUCCUCAUUCUUCGCUCUCUCUCUCUCUCUCACAUUGUUCCCCCCAAAACCCAACUUCUCCAUCCGGUGUUUUUUUUUUCUGUUGCCUCUCCAUUGCCUUCUCUCUCUCGACUUUCCCUCUCUGCCUAUCCUAUCUUUUUCUCUCUCUUCUACCUUCCCUUAAUCCUAACCCAUCUCUGCUUUUCCGCUUGGUCUCUCAUUGAGGUAUUUAGAAUUUUAGAUUGUGGAUUGAGAUCUUGGCUAUUUGGGGAUAUAAGUAAUAUAUCCCUUUCCAGUUCAAAUGGGGGUAACCUUUUCAUGCCCGCUCGCUGAUAUGGAUGAUUUAGACAGUCGAUUUGAAGCUGUCCUUGUGAGAUCAAUCAGUUUUGAUGAUGGAGAUAUGAGUACUGCCUUAAGGUCUAUCAGCUUUAAUGGGCGGGAUUCGGAACACUCGAUGAAAUCAUAUGGUUCUGGGAAGACAAUAUUUGAAGGGUCUCUGAGCUUUAAAGGUAGAGAAUUGGAGACUGUGUUCUCUUUCAAAACCCCGACUGCAGAUGCAGAAAACAAUAUGUUUCUAAGGUCACCAACCGUUAAGAAUGUUGAUAAUGGUGACCAGUUGCCAAGUUUUGACAAUUUGUCCAAGAACAAACUGCAUUCAUCAAAGUUAGAGCCUGGGAACCGCAGAUAUCAGGCUGCAUUGAAGUUGCAGAAAGUGUACAAAAGUUUUCGAACAAGAAGAAAGUUGGCGGAUUGUGCAGUUCUCGUUGAGCAGAGAUGGUGGAAGCUGUUAGAUUUCGCUGAACUCAAGCGGAGCUCUAUAUCAUUUUUUGAUAUCGAGAAACCUGAAACAGCUGUUUCACGCUGGUCAAGAGCAAGAACAAGAGCGGCCAAAGUGGGGAAAGGCUUGUCAAAGGACAAAAAGGCUCGGAAGCUAGCUUUACAGCAUUGGCUUGAAGCAAUUGAUCCUCGUCAUCGCUAUGGCCACAAUCUACAAUUUUACUAUGCUAAAUGGCUCCACUGUGAAAGUAAACAGCCAUUUUUCUAUUGGCUUGAUAUUGGAGACGGGAAAGAAGUUAAUAGUGAGAGGUGUCCGCGAUCGAAGCUUCACCAACAAUGCAUAAAGUAUCUUGGUCCAACUGAAAGGCAAGCUUAUGAAGUUAUUGUGGAGAACGGGAAGUUGGCGUACAAGCAAAGUGAAAAACCUCUGGAUACUACAGGAGGACCCCAAGAUGCCAAGUGGAUUUUUGUCCUUAGCACUUCGAAGACAUUGUAUGUUGGGCAGAAGUGCAAAGGCAAAUUUCAACAUUCGAGUUUCUUGGCUGGCGGAGCCACCUUAUCUGCUGGAAGAUUAAUCGUGCAAGAUGGUAUUCUAAAGGCAGUUUGGCCUCACAGCGGACACUAUCUUCCUACAGAAGAGAACUUCCAGGAGUUCAUGUCAUUCCUUAAGGAACAUAAUGUUGAUCUAGCUGAUGUAAAGAAAAGCCCAACUGAAGAGGAAGAAGAAGAGUUAUUCAAAAUUGAACAUAGAAGCUCCAUUCCCGUUCGAGCGGAUUUAUCUGAUGAUAUUAAAGGUUUGGCACAAGAGAACAGUGAUUCCAGGCAACAAACUUCAAAUUCUGCAGCAAACUGCCAGCCAGCCUUGUUAAAGCUAUCUCGUCGUGGAUUUGGCUCAAAGAUAGCAAAACUCGACAUGCCAAAAAGAGCUGAUACGUUUGAUAUUUUCAAGACACAAACAUCCUCUGAAGAUGGCUAUGAAACAGCAGAGGAAUCGUUCUUGACAGAGGAGGAUUUCAUGGUUCCUAAAUUGAAUUUGUUUGGCGAAGAUGAAGAAGUAGAUGAGAAGCCAAUACCAAAAGAAAAGAUUGUGAAGAGAAUAGAUUCACACAAAGUAAUGAAUUCAUAUCAGCUGGCUCAACACCUAUCAUCUAAAUGGACCACCGGGGCCGGACCGCGCAUCGGUUGCAUGAGGGAUUACCCCACAGAACUCCAAUUCCGGGUUCUAGAGCAAGCAAACUUGUCUCCAAGAUCAAGAAGUGGUGAUGCAUCUCCUCACACCACAAACCGCUUGAGCCCAAGUCCACUGUCUAAAGAGAAAACUACAAGCAGAAGUCCCCUUGCUGCAGAUAAAAUGUCUGAGAAGAAAACUUAGCUCAUGAUUGCUCCAAUUGGGUAGGGAAGA